AUGAACCGAGACAAAAGUAUAGAUAAAGCAAUCAAAUUUCGAACCGGUAAUCGCAGAAGAAGAAGAAGAAACAAUGAUGGUGGUGAUAUGAUUCGCAGCCACUAUAGUCAAGUGAUUGUGGAUGAUGAAUCACGAGAUAUGGUUUUUAUUUACGUGGACAUGCAUUACUCAGCAAAGGCUGGACCCGUGAACGAUGUGAAAGACAAAGAACACCUAGGUUUCUCUGGUGCAGCAACUGUGUGA